CCACUUACACACCUUCAACAGCCAGUAAACAUGGUCUCCUUUCAGUGUGACGGAUGUGCCGACACGGUCAAGAAGCCGCAGCUCGACAAGCACCGGCAGCGUUGCUGGGCGUCGUUCACCUGUCUUGACUGCUCGACCACAUUCCAGAACCAGGAGUACAAAUCGCACACUUCGUGCAUCAGCGAGGCCGAGAAGUACCAGGGAGCUCUCUACAAGGGACCCCGCAAGGGCCAGCAGCAGCAACAGCCGAGCAACAACAACUCGGCCAAGGCCACUCCGGCGACUUCCUACACCAACACUCCGGCCGACUCGCCAGCGCCAUCAGAGUCGGGUGCCAGCGGCAUUCACCCUUCGCGCCUGAACCAGAUGCAGAGCGCCGAGCCCCGCGGCUCGUUCUCGCCACGGGGGCGUGGAGCCUUUGCCCAGCGCGGCCGGGGAGGCUUUGGCGCUGGACGAGGGGGCUACGUCAAGGUCUCGAUUACUGGCGAGAAUAGGGCGGUCCCCGAGAGCGGCAUGAGACAGUGGGGCUCGGCCCCAGCUUCGGACAACGAGUCAACACCCGCUCCCGCGCCUGCCUCGAGCGGUGAGCCCGAGAAGAAGAAGAAGCGGAAGGGCGGUGACAAGGGCGGAACCGGCUCAAAAGCCAACUCCAAGUCGAAGCCCGCUGUGCGCGCUCCAGUGGAGGAGCCUCAGGCUGCUGAGCCUUCGGCCAAGAAGCGCAAGUUUGAGGAUGGCGAGGCGUCGACUGCCGCCAGCGCUUCGUCCACACCAGCACCACCAUCGGACAAGACGCUCAAGAGGUUGAAGAAGCACAUGUCCAAGCUCGAGUCCUCGUCGGCCGAGGGCAUUUCAUUGUCACAGUGGCUGGAGCAGGUCGCUCAAGGCAAGGAGAAGACUGUGGACCAGUCGGACGUCCUGGCAGGUCUCAAGGUCGCCUUCACUGGCGGCAAGUGGCAACUUACAGUGUAACAAGUAGCAUGC